AGAUCAAGCCAGUUACUUGUUUGGACUGUGUCGAUAAAGCCGCUCCCAUUAGCAACGAAGUUGCUGCGCUGCUACUUAUCCCUGUCGAUCUGAGUCGUACCAGUACAAUUCUUCAAUGAAUACCAAUACAUACACAUGCAGUAGUUUCAAAACGCAUCACACGAUUGUGAAAAAUCGUGUUGCAUAUUUUUUUCAGAAAUACGAUUUAUUGCCACUGCGAUCAUUCUUCUUGCAUUUCAUUUAAAGGCCAUUGCCAUUCAUAUUCAUCAUCAUUCAAGAAAUUGAAAUUAUGAGUCCGCCCACGAUUCUGACCGCAGCUGCCCAGACCAUUUUGAAGCCCAGUCGCACCAUGGAGAAGAUCAAGCACCUUCCAGCCGCGCUGUUGGAUUCCGUGGACGGUUUCGUGUUUGAUUGCGACGGCGUGCUUUGGCGCGCGGGCGAGCUUUGCGAUCCGCGGAUACCGGCUGUGUUGCAGCAGUUGCGGGACUUGAAAAAGAAAGUUUUUUUCGUGACCAACAACAGCACGAAGUCUCGCGCGACUUUUUUGGCCAAGCUGAAUUCACUGGGGAUCACUGCCUCCCCCGAGGAAUUUUACACCGCCGGCUUCGCCUGCGCCGAGUACAUUCGGCUGUAUGAGCCCCGGCUGCUCUCUACCCACAAUGCGCUGCUGAUCGGGAUGCACGGACUGGAGGAGGAACUGAAGGCGUGCGGGGUAAACGUGAUCGGGGGACCCUCGGACCAGGAGUUUGAGAAAAAAAUGCAGCACUUUCUGGAGGAAUCCGUGGGAAACGCAAUGGAAAAGGGCAUCUUCGCCAUGCACAACCUGGAAAUCCCCAAGAACGUCGGCGCCGUGGUGUGCGGGUUCGACCCCCGCAUAAACUACUUCAAGAUUCAGACCGCGCAGCUGUGCCUCAACGCGAAAUACAAUCUGGACGUGCCGGAUUGCAAGUUCAUCGCCACCAACCCAGACGCCGUCGCGCACAUCACCCCCACCCAGGAAUGGGCCGGAAACGGCUGCUGCGUCGGCGCUAUCAAGGGGUAAGUUAAUCUUAAUUUUUGUAUUGCUGAACUGGUAGAAGUAUAGUAUAACUAGAAGCAGAGUACCUGGUAUGGUCGUGCCAGAAGGGUUUGGAAGGUCACGCUUGUUUUGCAGGUGACGUCAAAAUUUUCGCACGUUUAUUUCAACAUCAACUGAAGCUUAUAUAUUUUCGUAGUUGCCAGGAAAUCAUCUCAUAACGCUGCGCCACUUGCGUUUUUUUGUUGUGUCUUAAUCUUUGCGUAAGUGCAAGUGGAAGUAGGGGUGUAAGUGAGUUUAAUUUGUUUGCCGUUCCGGUCUUUUUUUUAUUUUCCGUAAGCAAGCUGUCUCGAGAAGCACUGUGAUUUGCCCAAUUGAUGUUUCACUUUCACUCGCAAGGUGCACUGGCCGAGAGCCGAGUUAUACCGGAAAGCCAAGCAGCCUCCUGCUGGAUAUUUUGUGCUCUCGCCACAGCAUGGAACGGUCUCGCAUGGUGAUGGUUGGCGACCGUCUUGACACAGACAUCUUGUUCGGGAGCAGCAACGGCAUGAAGACGGUACUGGUCUUGUCCGGUGUGACGACUGAGGAAGAGGCAAAAGCUACAACCGACGAAAUGAGGCCUGACUUUUACAUGGACGGCGUCGCAGAUUUUUUUCCCGCUCCUGCCUCCGCUUGAGAUUUGAAGAUGGUGGAAAUAAGCUGCAUGUUACGAAAGUGUGACUUUGUUAUCUUUUGCCAAUAAAUGCCCAAACAGGGAGAUUGUGCUCCAAUCCCUUUGCUUUCUGCUGAGUCAUAUCACGGCAGGUCCGCCAAGAAGUGGAAGAAGAUAGAAGAACAAGAAGUGCCAUGGAAGAAACCUUUUUCUUUCACUUAGACGUGAAGAUCGGGAUGACGCAGAAGAGGUGCCGCAAACUGACACAGAUCGUAAAAGGUGUAGGGUGCACAUCGGUUGUGUGCUUGCGGGUUAAUACAUGUG